ACGACGACGACUACGACGACGAGGACGAAGAAGAAGAAGAAGAAGAAGAAGAGAAGGAGACGAAGAAGACGAGGAAAAGGAGGAGAAAGAGUAAAAGGAAGAGGAGGAGAAGCUGAUGGAGGAGAGAGGAGAGUCAAAGAGGUGGGAGAAGGAAGGCCGGCUGCGAUGGAUACGAGAGGGGUCAGCGAGGAAGAGGGAGAACCGUUGAGGGCCGGAGGGCGACCGGAGGGGCGAGGUAAGAGAGCGGAGGAGCCAGCUUGGGCCUUACAACUUGCCAACCAGUUCUCGGAGAACCGCGGGUCUUACCAGAGCCGUAUACACGCGCGUCGACGCCCGCGACUUUAUUUCAUCUCUUCUUCUCGCCUCCUCCUCCUCCUUCUCCUUCUCCUCCUUCUUUCAUUUCUUCUUGUUCUUAUUCUUGCUCUUCUUCUUCUACUUCUUCUCAACCGAGAAAGUCGAUAACUUUUUCGAGAUCAGUGAACCCGCGGCCCGUGGAAUUUCUUUACUCGUUACGUUUCGUUACUCCCAAGACCGGACGUAAUUUUAAGAGGAUUUAAGCUGACCCUGGAUCGUGCAGUUGUAAGUUGUGGGAGGAAAUUGAAAAUAGAAGAAACACGAAAACAAAAACAAAAGGGACGAGAUAGAUAGGUAGAUAGAUAGAUAGAUAGAUAGAUAGAUAUAUAGAUAGAUAGAUAGAUAGAUAGAUAGAUGGAUAGAUGGAUAGAUAGAUAGACAGACAGACAGACAGAUAGAUAGAUAAAUAGAUAGAAAGUAUACAGGUAAAGAAAGAAAGAGAAGGAGAAAGGUCAACAUACUUUCGUGCGACGAGAUGUUGGUAGAAAAGAAGUGUUUGUGAGGUGUGUUCUUUUCGUCGGGAAACUGGUGCAGUUGUGCGUUGCGAAGGUGUGCCAACGUUCGAAGGAUAAAAAUUCAAAGUAAAAAUAAGAAUAAGAAUAAAAAAGUUGGGUUAAAUGGAUCGGUGCGGGUAUUGUGUCGCGACGCGGGUGCAUCGUUAGAGGAUAAAUAACGGUGUAAACGGGAGCUCGUAAAGCAGAAGAAGGAAGAAAGAUUUCAUGGGAUAUUAAGGACCCGGAGAACGGCGGAAAGAUGCGGGGUAGUCCUGCCUUCUUCGCCAUAUUACUCGGCACGAUAUUCGGCGUCCUCGGUGCGUCUCUCAGCAAGGCGUUGAGGUACAAAGCGCCGGACGAGUGCAAAUGGGUCACCGCGGGUGAUGCCGAGGACGACGUUUCCUUGGUUUGCCGUUUGAGGACCAUCAACAGCGAAUUGGAGAACACCAACUUCAGCGUCAUACAGCCUCAACACACGGUUCGCUUGCGUCUCGAAUGUAGCGACGCUCUUUUCUAUCAGAGUUCCCUAACCGCCGGUAGCUUCAGGCCGUUGGUCGAGCUCCGUGAGCUCGUUAUCGAGUACUGCAAGAUAGGCAAUCUCUCGGACGACGCGUUCAAAGGUCUUCGAGAGUUGCGUAACUUGACCGUUAGGACGCACAACACCGAUUGGUCCGCGAUGGCGUUGGACGUUUCGGCCGGCGCAUUCACGGACGAGCUUCGUCAAUUGGAAAAGCUCGAUCUCGGGGAGAACAAUAUGUGGAAUAUACCGGAAGGCGCUCUAUGCCCUCUGAUCAACUUGGAAAUACUCAAUUUGACGAGGAACCGUUUGAGAGAGGUGACGAGUUUCCGCUUCAAUGCGGUCAGCAAGUGCCUGUCGAGCUUGAAAGAACUCGAUCUUAGCAACAAUAGCAUCGAGUCCCUGCCUACCGCCGCGUUCUCCGGUUUGACCAGAUUACACAGCUUGGAUCUACGGUGCAACGCCAUAGGCUUUAUGGCGGAUCGCGCUUUCGAGGGCCUCUCGUCGCUGGCCAUCUUGAAGCUCGCCGACAAUCGUCUCUCCAGCUUACCCCCCGAGCUAUUCAGCGACGCGAGAAGCGUUCAAGAGAUUCAUCUUAGGAACAACACCUUGAACGUGCUACCGCCCGGGCUCUUCGGCGAGCUCACGCAAUUGUUGGUGCUGGACUUGUCGCGCAACGAACUGACGGUCGAGUGGGUUAACGCCGCAACGUUCGGUGGUCUCGUCAGAUUGGUCGUGCUGGAUCUGUCGAGCAAUCGGAUAACUCGAUUGGAUCCGACGGUGUUUCGCGACCUCUACAGCCUACAGAUCUUACGGUUACAGGAAAAUCUGUUGGAGAGUUUACCGGAGAACACGUUCUCCGCCCUCUACAAUCUCCACACGUUACUUCUCAGUGACAACAGAUUGACCGUCGUAGACGCUACCACGCUCAGUGGACUCUACGUGCUCAGCUUGCUCUCCCUCGACAACAACAGAAUCCACACGAUACACCCGAGCUCGUUGAAGAACGCCUCGUCCCUCCAGGAUCUUCAUCUUAACGGUAAUCGACUGACAUCGGUGCCGGACGCCCUCAAAGCCACUCCCCUCUUGCGUACUCUCGACCUGGGCGAGAAUCUCAUUUCCGAGAUACCGAGUGGCACCUUCGACCACGUGGCGCAACUCUACGGUCUUCGGUUGACCGAGAAUCACAUAGGGAAUCUGACCAAGGGCAUCUUCGAUCGCAUCAAAGAAUUGAAGAUCUUGAAUCUAUCGAGAAAUCGGAUACAGUACAUCGAGCCGGGGACGUUCGACGAGAAUCUCAAUCUCCAGGCCAUACGUCUCGACGGGAACCAGUUGACCGACAUUGCCGGGCUCUUCACCAAUCUACCGAAUCUCGUAUGGUUGAACGUCAGUGACAACAAACUCAAGUGGUUCGAUUACGCGAUGAUACCGACGGGACUCCAGUGGCUCGACAUACAUUCGAACGAGAUACGCGAGCUAGGGAAUUACUUUGAAAUAGAGAGCCAAUUACAGUUGAGUACCUUCGACGCCAGUGAGAACAAGCUAAUGGAGAUUACGGGCAACGCGAUACCUAUGAGCGUCGAAUUGCUUUUUCUCAACGACAACCUCAUAUCGAAGGUGCAGAGUUACUCCUUCUUCAAGAAACCGAAUUUGACGCGGGUCGAUCUGAAGGGCAAUCAGAUACGGAACCUCGAGCCUUACGCGUUGCGGAUCAGCGCCGUACCACCGGACAAACCUUUGCCGGAGUUCUACAUCGGCGACAACCAAUACCUUUGCGACUGUACGAUGGAAUGGUUGCAACGCGUAAACCGUCAAAACCAAACGCGGGUUCAACCGAGAGUGAUGGACCUGGAGAGCAUCUACUGCAAACUUCUUUACGACCGCGAACACGCGUUCGUACCUCUGGUCGAGGCCUCCCAUUCCCAAUUCCUCUGCAAAUACGAAACCCACUGCUUCGCCCUCUGCCACUGCUGCGACUUCGACGCUUGCGACUGCGAAAUGACCUGCCCGUUGAACUGCACUUGCUAUCACGAUCAAUCCUGGUCGGCGAACGUCGUCGACUGUUCGAACGGCGGUCACACGAACAAACUGCCCGAACAGAUACCGAUGGACGCCACUCGGCUCUACCUCGACGGUAACGAUCUCCGCGUCGUGUCCAGUCACGCUUUCAUCGGUCGUAAGAAGCUGAAAGUCCUCUUUCUGAACUCGUCCAACAUCGAGAUCGUGCAGAACAGGUCGUUCAACGGUCUGCGCGACCUCGAGGAUCUCCACUUGCAGGACAACAGGAUUCGUGAGUUGCGGGGACACGAGUUCGAGGGAUUGGACGCUCUUAGGCAGCUACAUCUUCAACGGAAUCAGCUCGUCUCGAUCGGUAACGACACGUUCGCGCCGUUACGUUCGUUGCGAGUCCUAAGAUUGCAAAGCAACCGGCUUACGACUUUGGCGGUCUGGACGUUACCAUCGUCGAUCGAGGUCAGCCUAUCGGCCAAUCCGUGGUCCUGCGAGUGCGACUAUCUUCAGAGUUAUCGCGAAUGGAUACGCGAACCGAACGUUCGCGUAACGGACGCUUCCGAGUUACGUUGCGUUUACAACGUCACGGAGUUCGAGGCCUUCGGCGACGAGACAUUUACCGACGACGAGUUUGGCUUCUCCGUAACGGCAAACGAUCGUGACACGAACGUUAAUGGGAGUGCCAGUUCCUCGUGUACCGGUGCGGUCGCUAUAGACAACGAAGUGCAUCGAAAUUAUACGAAGACCAUCAUCGAGAAACAAGUGUUGCAGGACUAUUUGCCGCUUCUGGUUGCCACGCUGGCGAGUUCCUUGGUUAUCAUGCUGCUAUGUAUGCUAGCAUUUAUAUUUCGUCAAGAACUUCGGGUGUGGUUUCAUUCGCGUUUCGGCGUACGAAUAUUCUACAGAAAUCACGAGGUCGAUCGAGAUGAUAGGGACAAACUCUUCGACGCUUUCGUUAGCUACAGCUCGAAGGACGAGGCAUUCGUAGCCGAGGAAUUGGCACCGGUAUUGGAGAUGGGAAAUCCUUCCUAUAAACUUUGUCUUCACUAUCGUGACUUUCCUGUCGGAAGUUUCAUAGCCGAUACGAUCGUACAAGCGGUCGAAUCGUCGAGGCGGACUAUCAUGGUACUCUCGGAGAACUUUAUCAAGUCCGAGUGGUGCCGUUUCGAUUUCAAAUCGGCUCAUCAUCAAGUAUUGAGGGAUCGUAGACGUAGGUUGAUCCUAGUACUCGUUGGUGACGUUCAUCAGCGUGAUCUAGAUCCGGACAUACGUUUGUAUUUAAAGACGAACACUUAUCUCCAAUGGGGCGACAAGCUCUUUUGGGAAAAACUCAGAUUCGCGUUGCCGGACGUCCCUAACAAUCAAAGGACCACGCAGAGAAGUAGACAACCGCCGCCUGUCCGACGGCAGCACAACAAUAGGACGUCCAAUGGAUCGCGCACGGUCUCCGUACAUAUAUAAACCUCGACAGUUAACGACUAUAUUAUUAUCGAUCUUCGUGAUGUCUUAGUGCGACUAAGUGACAUCCAUCGUCUAGUGGUAGUAUCGAUCCUGUGGUUCUUUUUUUCUGUUUAUUUCUUUUUUCUCUUGUGUGUGCAAUAGAGAGUGUAUAUAUAAAUGAUCGAAGGAGCGGCUGUAGAAACGAUAAACAUUAUAUAAAUAUAUGUAUACACACACAUAUAUAUAUAUAUAUGCGCGAUAUAUAAAUAAUAUACGAACGUGGAGAGUAUGCUUAGCACGAUAAAAUCGUUUGUUGUUAUUGUACAUAGGAUGUGAGAGUUGAAUUACGGUGCUUCUUCCGUCGUUAAUGAAAGCAAGAGAGAGAGAGAGAGAAAGAGGAAUGUGUGAUGAAAAGAGAAAGAAAAUUCUUGUUUGUAAAGUUCGUGAAUGAGUCCGGUGUAUAUGUGUGAGAGAGAAAGAAAGAGAAAGAUAUCAUUGAUAGAUUAAAGUCACGUUGUACAUAUGUCCGUAGUUAUCUUUCGCGAUUUACAAAGUUCGACUUUGCGAUCGAUCGAUCGAUCUUAAAAGCCGAAUUGUUCCCCCCUCCCACCCGAGAGAGAUCGACGCCAUUCGAAUCAAUGGUUCUUUAUAUUUUUCCUUUUUUUUUGUUUUUUAUUUUUUAUUGUUUUUCUUUCCUUUGCGCGCCCGCCCGCGAGUCUGUAUCAUAAUAUGUAUGCAAGUGAGUAAUUACUUACGUGCGUUUCUUUCCUUUCUCGUUUUAUUUUAUUUUAUUUUAUCUCAUCUUUUUCUUUUUUUUUACUUUUUCUUCCUCGCGCGCGGAUUUUAAAUAAAUGAAAACGAUUUAUAAACGACGAGAAACGAUUUUUCGUCGAGCUGCGCGGUGAUACCACUUCCUAAAAACAGUAGCUAUAAUAUAAUGAUGUUUAGUAAUAAUAGUUCUAGUAAGAUUUAAUUUGCGUAUUUAAAUUUUACGCGCAUCGUAACGGAACGUGUUGGUGAUAAAUAAAUAAAUAAAUAAAUAAAUAAAUAAAUGAAUGAAUGAAUGACUGAAUGAAUGAAUGAAUGAAUGAAUAAAAAAUGAAAGCAAAUAAUAAAAAAAAGGAAAGAAACGAAAAGAAGAAUAUGAGAAACAAUUUGUAAAAUAUCGUGGCGUGAGUAUCACGACGAAAUCCUUAUUUAUUUCGUUUUCUUUCUUUAUCCUAUUUUCCGUUCAUUUAUUCUCUCUCUCUCUCUCUCUCUCUCUCUCUCUCUCUCUCUCUCUCUCUCUCUCUCUCUCUCUCUCUCUCUCUAUCUAUCUAUCUAUCUAUCUCCCUCCCUCUUUUUCUCUUUGUUUCGAAUGCUUAGAAAGAAAUGUUCGAAGAAACAAAUUUGCUUCGCGUUAGAAAAAUAAAACUGCGAGUGACGACGAGACAGGUUCGACGAGAAAACUUUGAAAUUCGAUCAGCCUCGUUAGCAUUAGACGAAUGUUUCCAACUCUUUCGCGAAUAACUAGGUGUGUAUCAAUAUAUAUAUAUAUUAAAUUUCAAGCAAUAGACGUUUCUAAGAUUUUGUUUUGAAUCGAUCGAAUUUUGAGAAUACACCUACUAGUCUUAGAAUGAUAUUCACGAAUAACGUGCAUUUCUCUUCCCAUUUUUCUAUUUCCUUUUACUUUAUUUUUUAAUCUUUCUCAUUGUUCUAAACUCACGAGCGCCCAUUUUUUUUAUAUCUAUAUAUUUGUAUUUGCAAUUUGAUUAGAAAAAAAGAAAAGAAAAGAGAAGAAAAUUCCGAGUAUAAAAUAGAAUCGUUAGUACGUAUGCAUAUGUGCGUGUAUGUAUGUAAGUAUGUAUGUAUGUGAAACAGAAAAAGUGAAUAUGAAGUUAGAGAGAGAGAGAAAGAGAGAGAGAAGGAAAAAAAGAAAAAAAAAUAUAUGUCGUGCCUUGAAAUGUACUCAUAAAUAUAUGUGAAAUUUGUU